GCACGACAUACUCAUUCAUAUAUGCAAAGUUGCAAACACAUUUCUUCCAUCUAAUAAUAUAUACCUCUUUUUUACAAGAAAAACAGAAAUAAGAGAUCAAUAUUAUUAUAUACGAAAGGGAAAAAAAAAAAAGAAAUUAAAAAAAGCAGAGCAAAACAGUAACAAAAAGGUAAAGAAUAAUGAAGAAGAAAAGAAAAGGGUACUAAAAGAAGACUGUGAGGAUGAAGUUAUCCGGAGUAUAGCUUCCUGAGGCGAUUAUGGCGUCUCGUCUUCUUCACUAACGAUUCUUCUCCGAUCGGUGACCUCCCUCCGGCGAUAUCUUCGGCUGUCUCUCCUUUGUUUCCUAUUUCAGGUUUUCUUCUCUUACUCCCCCAAAUUCUAGGGAAAAACUUUUCCUCCUGAGAUUUGGGCUUCCUCUCGUUAUUUUUUCUUAGAAUUUAGCUUUAUGCUUCUAGUCCAAGAACAGAGAUCGAUUCUGAGUUGAAUUCAUGAAAUUGUCUCAUGUUGAAAUGGUCUACGUAUAGAGAAUUUGUUAAAAUGGCGAAUCGUCGUUUCCUCACUGUGUACAUUUCUUAGCGUUUUUGCUCAGUGUUUGUAUUUCCUUAAGACGACUAUGUAAUCACUAGGCUAAUUGGCAUUGUAGCAUCGAUAACUUUUUUGUCCUUCCGUCGUUAGUUAGACCAAUUUAUUGGUUUUGGGGACCAUUUGCUUUCAUGGUAAACCCUAGCUGUGGGGGACCGUGAUUGGGAUCGAAACCUAACUUAAUGUCACAUUUGAUUAGUUCAAUCUUUAUUGCUGCAUAUAGAUCCCCUCGUGGCUCAGCUUGGUGCCGUGUUCUUUUACGUUGUUAAUUCAAUGUGUGAAUUUGUAUACCCUAUGACAUAGCUUUUAGCCUUUGGUUUAGUUAGGAACUUUCUGGAAGUACAAAGGAGGAAUGGGCUUUGGAAAGGUUUGCGAUUACGAUGGCUAUAGGAUUCCUUUUACAUUGUGUUUCUUGACAAGUUGCUGAUAUUCUGGGCAAUCUGAUUUGAGGAAUGUGGGGUCAGUUGAAUAAAUGCCACUUGGUUUUUGUGUGAUGGAGAGUAGAAGAGAGAGCUAAGAAAAGGAAUACACUUUCUUUCGCCCUUUUUGUUGGUCUGGGUGAAACAUAGAAAGGUUUCUCUUACUGAAUUUAAUGAUAAAUAAGUGUGACUAAAAAUAACGUUGAUGAGCAUUGUGUGGUGCUUGAUUGAUAUUCACAAGGUCUUUUGUUCUUUCUUAGUUGAAGGGCGUUGUCUAUAAGGAUUUUGCUCUGGCUUUGGUGUUAGGUCUAUGAAAUCAACCCACACCUUGAAUGGACUGCAACAUGGUGUCUCCGUUGUGGGAGUGGGACAGUUUUGUCAUGUCCAAUCCCUCAAAGACGGAAAAUGACAAAAAGCAGGCAUCUACUGUGUGGGAAUUUGAGAAAGGUGAAGGAAUUGAAUCUAUAUUUCCCUGUUUCGGGAGAGUCAGUAGUGGCUCUACCACCAGUUUAUGGCACACUGCUGUUUCGAAAAGCUCACAGUCGACCUCUACAAACUCAUCAUCUCCCACAGUCAAACAAACUAAGCUUGCAUCAGAAAGUUCCCCUGGAGAUUCUUGCAGCAACAUAGAUUUUGUCCAGGUGAAGGCAUCCACUGCUCUCGAGGUAUCUGCUGCCUCUGCUGAAUCAGACCUUUGUUUAAAGCUAGGAAAGCAGACGUACUCUGAAGAACUGUGGGGUAGAAACAAUAAUGACAUUUCAGCCGUUUCUAUGAAUCUGUUGACUCCAUCUGUUGUUACUCGGAAGAAAUCCAAAUCGAGUGGUCAGAGCAUGCAAGUCCCGCGUUGCCAAAUUGAUGGCUGUGAACUUGAUCUCUCAUCUGCUAAGGAUUACCAUCGCAAGCACAGAGUCUGCGAAAGCCAUUCAAAGUGCCCAAAAGUUUUUGUGGGUGGCCUGGAACGUCGAUUCUGCCAACAGUGUAGCAGGUUGCAUGCCGUCUCUGAGUUUGAUGAGAAGAAACGUAGCUGCCGUAAACGUCUUUCUCAUCAUAAUGCGAGGCGUCGCAAGCCACAAGGACUAUUCCCAUCAAAUCCAGAGAGGGUGUACGAUCGAAGACAGCAUACAAAUAUAUUGUGGAAUGGGUUGUCCCUUAACACGAGCUCUGAAGAAAAAUAUGCAUGGGGUAACACUUAUGAUACAAAGCCUACACAGACGGAAAGCGGCUUUACUCUGAGCUUCCAGAGAGGUAAUGGCUCUGAGGAGCAGUUGUAUGCAAAUGCAAGUAGUAGCCGCUCUUUCUCUGCGUAUCAAACAUCUGGUGGGUUCUCAGCAGAGAAGUCCAACUCUCAACUUCCUCGCCAAGGUGUAGGAGAAUACUCAGGAGGCCUCCAUGAAUCGCAAGAUUUCUACGGUGCUCUCUCUCUUCUGUCAACGUCUUCGGACACACAUGGGACCAAACACAACCCCAUGGUCGAUCAACAUGGCACUUUCCCUACCCAUUUCAUAUGAAAGAGUAAGGAAUGCGAAGUCGCUCCAUUAUAAAGUCAGGUUGCAUCCGAUGAAUUUUUUCCCCGAAUAAAAUCAUUUGUGUAACGUUCAUUGCUCAUGCUAAACCAGUUACACGGUUAGCUCUAAAUUUCCUCUACUUUUCCAAUCCUAUUGUCAAGUCUUCUUGGAUAAUUUUGUAUGUCAACUUCUUCUUGGAUAAUGUGUGUCAAUCAACUUCAUCACUAUCUCAGACAUACUGUUUCAAAAACAAA